GGACGCUCGGCCGACCGGCGCCACUCCUCGCAGCUCUCCGAGGACUACCACCAGGACAGCCAGGCGGGCGCCGACCAGGACAGCGAGCCGCUCCGCCAGGAGUAUGACGACGACUUCGAGGAGGAGGACGACGACAACGGAGGUGAUCUGGAGCGGGGCUCGUCCGGGGCAGCCAGCUCGCGCGUGCCGCCGCUCUCCAUCUCUCCCGACUCGGACCAGGAGGCGUGGCUCAGGGAGCAGGCCUCCAAGGCGGUCACACGGCGCCGCGCAGCGCACGGCGUCAACGCCUCCAACUACCGCUCCCCGAGCAAAGACAGCGCCUACGGCGGGUUCAGCUCGAGCAGUCGCGGCCCGACGCCGGAGGAGACGACGGCCGGCCAGGCUGUCCGGCCGCCCGCCAUCGCACCGCCCGCGCCGGCAGCCGCCAGCAGAGCGACACUGGCGCCACCUAUAGCGGCUCAGCCGGCCCAGAGCACUGCCGAUGAACAGGCGUACGUACAGUUCCUGAAUGACGUCACAUCGGACAUCUUGGCCCGCGGGGUAUUCACCAACCGCAUUCUGAAGCGGGUCAUGGCUGCGCACGCAGAGAGACACAAAGGAAAGCUGGACACGGCCCGGAUGCGCUCGGAACUGGAGAAGCUGCGACUUCAGCUGGGAAUUCCUGACGAGGACGCCCUGGACGAUGCCGAACACGGGUUCGGCAGCGGCCGCAGCCACGUCUCGGGGGCCAGUGGCGGCGUGGCGGCAGCGGUCCAGCCGGGCAGCGCCGCCGCCGCCGGCCCACCGCCGCCUCCGCAGUCCGCCCCGGUCACCUUUAUCGACUCGCUGCUCUUUCCGUCCGGGGAGAGCUGGGAGGAGGGCCGCGCCGCGGCGCCCCCUGGUGGGCCGACUGCAGCGCCGCCUGGUGAGCCGACUGCAGCGCCGCCUGGUGCCCGCCAGGUGGCGCCGGAGGGCGUGGCCGCGCUGCUGGCGUCGCUCAGCCUGGACGAGUCGGUGACACAGACGAUCCUCGGCUGCUGUCAGCGGCAGGCCGACUGCUCCUCGGUCACCUCCGAGGAGCUCAGAGAGUGUCUGAGCUGGACAACCCCGCACCUGGACGGCGUUUGACCGGACCGCGGCCGGAGCCGGGGCCGGACCCCGCCGGGGGCAGAGCCUAAUACAUAACCCGAGUGGGGGCAGAGCCCCGGGCCCCCGGGACAGAACCUGGGCGGGGACAGCCCCGGGACAGGGCCCGGGCGGGAGCAGAGCCCUGGGACCCUCACAGCUCGGUUGGCUGCCUGCCUGCCUGGCCGCAGAGUAGACGAUGGACACUGCUUCGCCUGGGCUGCUUCCCAUCGUUUCGUUUAUCAUUCACAACGUGAUGUGCAUGACCGGACCUGGACGUUGACACGUGGACCUGUGUACAGCACAAUGGCCACGGUCGCUAAUAUGCUAAAUGAUCGAUAUGGCAGCACCCUGGGCUGAUGUCUAUUGUCUACUUCCGCGUAAACAAGGGUCAAUGACACGAGAAAAAAAACACACACAUUAGCUGCCGUCUCCCGUUUCAAACCGACGCUUCCGACUUAAUCAGUUUAUCCGUCCGACUGAACGUUGCCAUCCCGUACUGCGCUAACGGGGGACCCGGGCGAGUUUGGGCCGCGGCAGCCGGGGCCGACCGGCGCCCCCCCCCCCCCCCCGCCUCUGUCACCGGGGCAGACUGCAGCCCUCUGUUACCGGGCAGACUGCAGCCCUCUGUCACCGGGCCGACUGCAGCCCUCUGUCACCGGGCCGACUGCAGCCCGGUGACAGUGACCACUGACCAGUGAGGUGGCCCUUGGAGCCGCAUUGAUCUGAGAGUGGGCCCGUGUAAGGGGACGCACUCUGAGACUAGACCAGUAAUUAGCAUCGCUAACUGCCAACUGUCAGCCUAUCACAUUCCGCCCACUGCAGCAACGUUUUCAGGCAGCGCGCCGCCCACUGUAUCGUUUCCAGUCAACAUUCCGUGCGACCCGGUAUUGUCAGCAGCGUUCCGUGCACAGCAGACUGGUGCAGCGUGUUCCUCCGCAGUUCAGCAGACACGUGCCGUGCACUGCAGCCGUGCCGUGCACUGCAGCCGUGCCGUGCACUGCAGCCGUGCCGUGCACUGCAGCCGUGCCGUGCACUGCAGCCGUGCCGUGCACUGCAGCCGUGCCGUGCACUGCAGUGCCCCCGUGCAGCUACCCGUUCCAGUUGGCUCACCGAAGCCCGUGCCAAUGGAGGCUCAAAAGGCUAGUACAAAGAGUGUGUCCCAAUACUGUGUGCUCACCAUGCUACAUGCCCGAUGCCCGGCCACGCGCGUUCGCCUGUGGCAAAACUUAUGAUUCGCCCAAUGGGCGAAAUGGAUGUGCUUAGCGUGUCAUUCUAUUAGAUGUGACAGCUCGAUGUAUUUUGUACAAUACACAGGUAUAUAAAGUGAA